UUUCCCUGCGACGACCCCAAAAAUAAGAAACCAAAUCUCAGAAAAAAAAAGAGAGAGAGAAAGAGAGAAAGAGAGAGCGAAUUUAGGUGAUAACAGACCAAGAUUUUAGAGAGAGAAAGAGGAGAGAGAGAGAGAAGCAUUAUUAAUGGCGGAAGGGAAGGAAGAGAGUAAAUCUAGCGAGGAAAGUGUGAAACUGUUCGUAGGGCAAGUGCCGAAGCACAUGACGGAAGAUGAGUUGCUUGGAAUGUUCAAGGAGUUCGCGUUGGUUGAUGAAGUCAACAUCAUCAAGGACAAAGCCACACGCGCUUCUCGAGGUUGUUGCUUCGUGAUUUGUCCCUCAAGGGAAGAGGCUGAUAAGGCCGUCAAUGCGUGUCAUAAUAAGAAAACGCUACCUGGGGCAGCUAGUCCAUUGCAAGUGAAGUAUGCAGACGGGGAGUUGGAAAGAUUAGAACACAAACUCUUCAUUGGCAUGCUUCCAAAGAAUGUUUCUGAAGUCGAAGUCUCUGCACUUUUCUCCAACUAUGGAACUAUUAAGGAUUUACAGAUUUUAAGAGGUUCUCAGCAAACAAGUAAAGGUUGUGCAUUUUUGAAGUAUGAAACCAAAGAACAGGCUCUUGCUGCUUUGGAGGCAAUCAAUGGAAAGCAUAAAAUGGAGGGUUCAAGUGUUCCCUUAGUUGUCAAAUGGGCUGAUACAGAAAAGGAAAGACUAGCUCGAAGAGCUCAAAAAGCACAGUCCCAAGCUUCUAAUGUACCACAUGCUGAUUCUCAGCACCCAUCAUUGUUUGGAGCCCUGCCUAUGGGUUAUGUUCCUCCAUAUAAUGGAUAUGGUUAUCAGGCUCCUGGGGGUUAUGGACUCGUGCCGUACCGGUUGCCAAUGCAGAAUCAACCUGGUUUCCAUAGUAUGAUGCCUCACAUGAAUCAAGGAAAUGCAUUGCGACCUGAUCUUGGGCCCAAUAUGAACCCUAGAAAUUAUCCUGUGCCUCCUGCAAGUUAUGUUGGCUCUUAUCCUCAUGUGCCAGGUCUGCACCAUCCAAUGGCAUAUCCUACAGGAUUGAUUAGUCCAGGUCCUAUGAGUAGUUCUCCUGGGUCCAUUUCACCUGCUGGUGGAAAUAGUAACUCUGCUACAUCUUCAGGCGCCAGCAAAAUUUCCGGGGGUCAGGUCGAAGGACCACCCGGUGCCAAUCUUUUUAUUUAUCACAUACCUCAAGAAUUUGGAGAUGAAGAACUUGCAAAUGCUUUUCAACCAUUUGGUAGAGUUUUGAGUGCCAAAGUUUUUGUUGAUAAAGCAACUGGUGUUAGCAAAUGUUUUGGGUUUGUUAGUUAUGAUUCUCCAGAUGCUGCUCAAGCAGCCAUUGGUAUGAUGCAUGGAUUCCAAUUAGGAAGUAAGAAAUUGAAGGUUCAGCUUAAGAGGGACAACAAACAAGGCAAACCUUACUGAUGAAGCUGAAAAAUGGAAUUUUGUAUAAUUCACAUUGUAAUUCAUGACCCUUCUGAUGUUUAUACAAUUUGUAAUUUCUGUAACAUGAAAGUCCAUUUAGACAUUGAUUAUUAAUUUAUUGAUUUUUCCCUCAGAA